UUGUGUGUCUGAGAAAAUUCCUCGUGUCGGCUACACUUGUGCGAAUGUCGUUUUACAAACAAGAAGCUAUUCUUUUUCUACAAGAAACCAUUUAAUUUUUAAAAUAUUAUAUCAGUCAACCAUUUGGACAAAAAUGAUUAGCAUUUACCCUCUGUUUUACACAUUGUUAUUAUUGUUAUUAACCUCAUCUAUAUACAGUUCUGACAAUAGUGGCUGGUAUACAGAUCCAGCUUCCAUUCUUGUCCAGCCUGGACCAUGUAACAUUGACAUCAUAAACAACUCAUUAACGCAGCACAACUUUUUAACCUAUUUUGCUUAUAAAAAACCAUUCCAAAUACAACACCAUGCUGAUAAUACACAAUUCAGAAAAGCCUGUUCAAAAGACAAUCUCUUACAAACAUAUGGUGACAAAAUCGUUCGACUGUCUACAGCAAACACUUAUUCUUAUAAGAAAGUCGAUGUGCCAUUACGGAAAUACCUUACAGAGUACAUGCAGCCUCAAGAUUUAAAGACACCUGGAAAUGAAACCUUAUACUGGUUUGGUGAAAACAGCCAUGAAUGGGAUUCUUUGUUUAAAAAAUAUACCCCACCUCCUUAUAAAAUACCUGAAAUGAUUGAAGCCUAUAGCUUUGGAGCAGCAGCUGCUGGUACUGGCGUCCCUUUUCAUUUUCAUGGCCCUGGAUAUGCUGAAAUGAUAUAUGGCAGAAAGAGAUGGUUCUUAUAUCCCCCAGAUAAGAUCCCAGAUUUUCAUCCUAACCAAACAACCCUACAGUGGCUCAUACAACAUUAUCCUUCCCUUAAGCCAGAAGAUCGACCUUUCGAAUGUACAAUUAGUCCUGGUCAAGCCAUUUAUUUUCCUGACCGGUGGUGGCAUGCUACAUUAAAUAUUGACAACAGUGUAUUUAUUUCCACAUUCCAUGCUCACAAAUAAAAUCUAUUAAAACAAAUAAA